AUGAUCAACGCAUUUAAGUAUCCUUCUCAUCUUCAAAGCGAUACUACCAUGUUUUCCCAAUCGCCAGGAGGUAUAGAAUAUAACGGCAAUACACCAAAAACCCCAAUUAUUCCCAUCAAACAUACUGUAGAAGGAUUGACUAGAGAUGUUUACAUCAAACCACUUCAUUCCCAUAAUGACUAUUGGAGAGAGAAUCCAUUAUUUGAUGCAUUGAGUGUUGGUUGUCGUAGUAUUGAAAGUGAUAUUUGGUAUUUUCCUAAUGGAUUUACGCUUGAUAGAACAUUGACUGAGACAACAACAACCGAUGAUAAUGAAAUAUCACAAGUUGAAAGACAACAAAAGUUGUAUUUUAGGAAUGACGAGAUAUAUGUCGGACAUAGCGAGAUUUUCCUAAAGCCAAUUAAUACAUUAUUCAAUCUAUAUUUGAACCCAUUAUUUCAAUUUCUUCAAUAUACAAACCCCAAGACGUCAGAAUCCAGCUGGAGAGACAGUCUGUUGGCCGAGAAGAAUGGCGUUUAUUUUAAUUCACCAGAAGAGCCGGUUUAUUUAUGGUUUGAUUUCAAGACCGAGCCGAAUAACACCUAUAAGGCAUUACGUCCUUUAUUACAACCUUUUAUAGAUAAUAAUUUCCUUGCACAUUAUGACUCCGCUACUGGAACGUUCUAUCCUGGACCAUUGAUACUCACGAUUACGGGAAACUUACCCAUAGUAGAAGUCGAGAAUGAGAGAGUAAGAUAUGUAUUUCUAGAUGCUCCACUUUCGAGUUUCCACGAAGAUCAAGAUCCGGAGCUUAUGAAAAAUUAUUCAAAGAUGUGUAGGGUUGCUAGUUCUUCAUUGCAUCAUUUACUUGGUGGUAAGACUCACAAAGCGCAAACCCGUCCAUUUAAUGACAAACAAAAAACAAAGAUAAAGGGCCAUAUUGACAUGGCACAUAAGUACGGUUUAAAGACUAGAGUAUGGGGCGACGUUACUUGGCCCUAUGGGAUUCGUGACUCUCAUCUAAAGGAUUUAUUUAAGCUUGGAUCCGAUUUACUCAAUGUUGAUGAUUUGAAGCAAGCCGAACAAUUGUUUACCUAA